AUGCCAAUGCAGCAACAGCAGCCCCUUAUGCCACCACCUCAACAACAAGUGCAACCGCAGAUGCCGCUACAACAGCUCCAUCAGAUGCCGCAGGUUUCAGUGAAUGGCGUGGACAAUGUUUACCAAAAUAACGGCGUUCAGCAUGGGCUUAAUGCAAUGGAAGCUAUGCCGCAAAUGCAACCACCACCAGUGCAACCACCUGUGACUAUGGAGUUGAAGCCAGUGGUUUAUAAUCCUUACGCGGAACCACCACCAGAGCAAGAAACA